AUGCUCCUCCGCAAAAUAACGACCCUCCUAUCCCUCGCGUCCCUGGCGUCAGCCAAGUUCUUCUACGUCGGCGUCGCGCAGAGCUCCGGCGAAUUCGGCGUCUGGAGCCAGAACAAGCAGAAGGGAUUCGGGCUACCAGGGAGGUUCGGCGUCGACUACUCGUUCAUCGACAAGAAGGGCAUUGACGUCUACGUCGACCAGAACAAUGUCAAUCUGUUUCGAAUCGCGUUUCUGCUCGAGAGGAUGUGCCCUGUCGCCGGGGGUCUGGGGGCAAAGUUCAACGAGACUCAUUUCGGGUACUUCAAGGAGGCUGUUGACUAUGUCACCAAGACGAAGGGCGCAUAUUGUAUCUUGGAUCCGCACAAUUACAUGAGAUACAACGACCCAUCCCAACAACCCAUGACGGGCAGCAUAAUCGGCGACACAUCCGACAAAACCGCCGCCACGACCGCGCAAUUCGGCGCCUUCUGGGGCGAACUCGCCCUCCGCUUCAAGGACAACGAAAAGGUAAUCUUCGGCCUCAUGAACGAACCCCACGACAUGGCAACCUCCCUCGUCAUCCGCAACAACCAAGCCGCCAUCGACGCGAUCCGCAAGUCCGGCGCGAAGCAACUCAUCCUCGCGCCGGGAAACUCCUGGUCCGGCGGCCACUACUGGACGAAGGGUAACGACCCCAACACGCAGCUCACGCAGCUCAAGGACCCGGAGGCCAACCUCGCGUUCGAUAUUCACGAGUACCUCGACGAGGACUACAGCGGCUCGCACGCCGCGUGCACGAAGCCCGCGAGCGAGCUCGAUGGCGUCACGAACUGGCUCAAGCAGAAUAAGUACAAGGCUAUGAUUACCGAGUUUGGCGGUAGCAACACUACGCAGUGCGCGCAGAUGCUCUCCGACAUGGUGAAGUACAUGGACCGCAACGACGUGUACAUCGGCUGGACGGCGUGGGCGGCCGGCCCCUUCUGGGGCAGCAACAGCGCGUGCUGCACCGACUCCAAGCAGUGGGGCAGCCUCGAGCCGACGAGCAAAGCCUCGGACGGCAGCCCCGGGCUGUACGAGACGGUGUGGUUGAAGACGCUGCAGCCGCUCGUGCCGAAGAUGCUGGUGUGGAGCGGGGUGUCGAGUGUGAAUGGGGGCGCGUUGACCGCGAAGCCGGCGGUGUAG